ACCUCAGACGGCCUGGCUGGGACUAGAUGGACAAAACUCAAAAGCCCACUUAUCAAUAUGCCACAUGCAGGGCAGAAACUUGCACACAUGUGCGCCUCCCCCAGGGGCUGAGGCCAAGCCAAGUAUCCCGCAUCAGCGGAUGAAUAGCUGGUCUGUCUUGCAGCAGCGCUGUCUCCCACCUCAGAAGAGCUGGAAGCACAGACUGCCCUGCUAAGAGCCCACGCAAACUACAGGCACUCGGCGGGUGGCAAGUGGCCCAAGGACAGCAAGAUGGAGUCAGACCGAGAAAUCAUCCACCUUCAACACAGGCACUCCACACCCGGAGGGAACCAGAGGCACAUCAACCUGAACCAUUAUGCCACCAAGAAGAGUGUGGCAGAGAGCAUGCUGGAUGUGGCUCUCUUUAUGUCCAAUGCCAUGCGGCUGAAAUCAGUCCUGGAGCAAGGGCCAUUCUCGCAGUACUACACCACCCUCCUCACCCUCAUCAGCGCCUCCCUGCUCCUGCAAGUGGUCAUUGGCAUCCUUCUUGUGGUCAUCGCCAGGCUGAACCUGAAUGAGGUAGAAAACCAGUGGCGUUUAAACCAGCUCAACAAUGCUGCCACCACCUUGGUCUUCAUAACUGUGGUCAUCAACAUUUUUAUCACUGCUUUUGGGGCACACAAGACAGGUUCCGUGGCUGCCAGGACCUCCAGCAAUCCUAUUUAAUGUCCACCUAGGUCCCAGGUGAGGAGGACGACCAGAUCCCAGGGCUCACAACUGACUUUCUCUGGCUCUGGAGGUGGGAGUAGGAGGGGUCUCCCUCCCCCACACCAAGGGGGAAGGUCUAUAUGCCUGUGGGCAAGGGAGUCCUUACAGAAUUGACGGGCCUCUGACAGUACACACAUGAUGGGGGAUGGGGUACAUGUGUAAAUCUCCCAUGAUGCAUGUACCAUGAAUGGUUGUGUUACAUCCACGAGCUAUGCAUGUAGCUUGAGUGCCAGGUUACAGGCUCAAGCCUACACGUGCACACUGAAUGUUGGUACAAGUGUUCACCUCCAACAGAAUUUUCACAAUUGGUGCUGGUUUAAGGCAUGGGCCUCGCCCAGGAUUUGCACCAUGAGUGGCAUGUUAUAGGCUCGAGCCUCCCACAGUACAUUUGCAAGUGCUGGUAUAAAGGAAUAGGGCUGCCACAGCAAAUAAGUCAUGAGGGAUAGAGGUGUAGGCCUCCCUAGGUGUACCCUGAGUGCUGGGUUAUAGGUAUGAGCCUCCCACAGUCAGUACCUGUAUCGUGAGGGGGACUAUGUGAAACCCACCCUGAGACCUUUGCUCUGAAGGGGUGACUGUCCUUCAGUUGUUGCAGUUUGCUUUCAGGGUCUCUUGUAACCCAAGCUAGACUUAAGCUUCCUGUGUAGCCAAAGAUGACAGGUGUGCCACACCCUGCCGUUUUUAAGGCAGACCCCCCCCCUCCACCCAUAGCUUGGGAUGGAGUGGAGGGCCAGUGUGGUUAGUGGCCGUUGUGGCCUGUUAGCAGGAAAAAGAUGGAGCUGUGGUUUCUACUUGGUGUUGUCUUACAGCACAGUACAUCCUCAAUACUUCCUAGGAACAGGCUGGAAACUGCACUUGAGGGUGUUUGAAGUCACCCCAUUCUUUUUUUUUUUUUUUUUUUUGGUUCUUUUUUUGGAGCUGGGGACCGAACCCAGGGCCUUGCGCUUCCUAGGCAAGCGCUCUACCACUGAGCUAAAUCCCCAACCCCGAAGAAGUCACCCCAUUCUUUGCUUACAUUAACUGGUGGGUGCAAAUCCAGAAGGGCCUCCCCACCCCACCCCCAACCUCCUUAUUACCUUUUGUCUGCUUUUCCUGCAGGAGCUGGGUCUAAAGCCACUUCAGCCUUUGUUUCUGACCUGUCAGGCUAACUAGCACUUCCAACAGCCUCCUGGAGAGCUUCGGGGACAAUGGAGAUGCCCCUGCCUCUCACCCACAGCACCAGAGUUAAGGUUCGCCCCUUUACUGGGUGACAUAAUUGCAUCUUGGUCUGGAGGCCUGAGCUUCUUCCACCAACAGUAACUCCGUCUGCUGAGGCAGCAUCCGGGCACUCUGGUUGCACUGCACUCCUUCCCUCCAUAUUCCCUUUCUGCAAAAUGGAAUCUAUCUAUAAAGGUAUCUGAAAAUCCA